UCUCAGGCCUAGAACUUCAAAGAGUUGGGCGCGCACGCACGAAGCAGACCCUGGUCUGACCCACGUCGGAAUUCUGAGUUGACAAGGAGCGUAGAUCCGUGCCUGGAGUCGCGGCGUUUCCAGGCAAACUUCCAGGCAGGUGAGACAGCUCUCAGUUCGUAGGACACUCCCCCGCUCCAGGCUGAGCGAGAAGUCUGCCUGUGAUUCACUGGAAAGUUUUCUGCCAAACUGGUAACGCGCACCGGGCUGCACACUCAAAGUGAGGAUCCUGAAAGCGCCCGGGAGACCCGGGAGUGGGAAGCUGGCCGAGGGCGUGAGCUGAGAGGUUGGGAAAACCUCGCUUCCUUCCUCCUUCCCUCCUCCGCCCGACACUGGGCUGGGCGACCGGGAGCUGCGGGUGGAGAAAAAGCGACCGCCUGCGCGCACAGGAAGACCUCUAUCUGCCCAGUCCACCCAGAAUGCCCGGCAUUUGAAGAGAGUCAUCGCCUGAGUAUCUGCUGAGGAUUUUUUUUUUUUUUUUUUUUUUUUACUGUGGCGUCAAAGAGUUUCUUUGGUGUGAGGAAGGAGCGUCUGUCACCAAUACGGUUUUGUAAUUUCCUCUUCUAGCUUUGAGCCGGGUCUUGCCCCUUUCUGCUACCAUGAUGGCCCAGUCCAAGGCCAACGGCUCACACUACGCGCUGACGGCCAUCGGCCUGGGGAUGCUGGUCCUCGGCGUCAUCAUGGCCAUGUGGAACCUGGUCCCUGGCUUCAGCGCUGCGGAUAAGCCAGCGGCGCAGGGCAACAAGACAGAAGGAGGCAGUGGCAUCCUCAAGAGCAAGACGUUCUCGGUGGCCUACGUGCUGGUUGGUGCGGGCGUGAUGCUGCUGCUGCUGUCCAUCUGCCUGAGCAUCCGGGACAGGAGGAAGCUGCGGCAGAGCGAGGAACUGGCCCAUAUCCAGCAGCAGGCGGGAGCUGUGCCUCCCACGCAGGAGGAAGACAGCCAGGAGGAGGAGGACGAGGAGGCCUCCUCACGGUACUAUGUCCCCAGCUACGAGGAAGUGAUGAACACAGGCUACUCGGAAACCAGAGGACAGGAGCAGAACCCCAGACUAAGUAUCUCUCUCCCCUCCUAUGAGUCACUGACGGGACUCGACGAGACGACCCCCACAAGUACCAGGGCGGAGACGGAGGCCAGUCCAGGGCAUGCUCCCGACAGACAAAACUCCAAGCUGGCCAAACGCCUGAAACCACUGAAAGUUCGAAGGAUUAAAUCUGAAAAGCUUCACCUCAAAGACUUCAGGAUCAACCUCCCAGAAAAGAACGUCCCUCCUCCUUCUAUUGAGCCUUUAACUCCUCCACCUCAGUAUGAUGAAGUCCAGGCGAAGGCCCCUGAUGCCCGGCCUCCCGACUGAAUGACCCUUCUGACAUCACUCCCUCCUGUCUCACCCUCCUCACCAACAGACUGCGCCGAAGCCACUUCAGCCAGAGAGGGGUCAGGACACACUUAGCCACUGUGAUGGGGAAUCUGGGGAGAGGGAGUUACUAAGGACGGUUCACAGAGCCCCACGUAGCGGGAGCACCAGGAGGAUGCUGAGGGCUUGUGACACUGUGGACCACAACAAGGUGUGUGGCCUUGGCAAUCCCCUCCACCUUCCUUCCCAACUCGGGAUGGCUGGCGACACACUCCUUGUCUGAGAUGGGAUAGGAUCCCUAGUGAUCGGUGUAGACCGAGGUUGUCUCCUCCAAGCUUUCCACCACAGCUGCUGUGUUUCAAAAAGAAACCAAGUGUUUUGCUUGCUUUCUCCACUGGAGCCUUGAACAGGCGGGGACAUCGGUUCAGCUUUGGCCCAAAGGAUAACAGAACUGUCUUGUGAAUACAAUGAGAUCAUGUGGGGGUGAGUGGUGCGGGAGGCCCCUAGGGGCUCCUGGUGCUGUCGGUUCUUUGAGGGUCCAGGGCCUGAUGACCUUCAGCGUGUGGCACGUGAGGUGGUUGUCUGAAUCAGUUCACUGGUCUCCCGUGGCAAGCGAGAAAAAGCUGCUGUUCGUGUCUUCUUGGAGGUCAUGCGGCUGGGUGUUUUAUAAUAAAGUGUUUUAUAUGUGUGUAGCA